AUGCGUUUUCUCAAAGGAAAAGGUGGAUCUGUGCAGAAGCAGAUUGAACAAGAGACUGGAGUUAAAAUCAUUUUCCCAUCUGCAAAGGAGGAAACACUUGUUGCCCUCGAAGGCAAAAGUGCUGAAAGUAUUAGAAAAGCAUCAGAGAGGAUUUCAAAGAUCCUUGGAGAGGCUGUUCAAAGUCCAAUGCUAGAUUACUCGCAUUUCAUAUCACUUCCGUUGGCCAUCCACCCGGCUCUUGUCGAGAAGCUAAAUAACUUCCAGAGGUCGACCCUCGGGGCGUCUGCAUCUAAUGUGGAUAGUGAUAAGGAUGAAAGCCUAAGCGAAGGUUCUAUGGAAGAAAUUGAUGAAGCAGCGAACCCUAGUGUUUCAGUCAAGCUGCCAGUCAAAGAAGAAAAUUCUGUCAUAGUGAAAAUGGAUAAUAAGGGCUCCCAACCAGAGUUCAGCAUUGACAAGUCGAUAUUCAUAAAACCCAAAACGUUUCACCUAACGGUUCUUAUGUUGAAGUUGUGGAACAAGGAUCGUAUUUCUCAGGCUUCUGAAGUCCUCCAGUCAAUAUCUUCCCAGGUAAAUGAAGCUUUGGAAAACCGACCUAUCUCUAUACAACUUAAGGGUCUGACAUGCAUGAAAGGCUCACCAGCUAGGGCCCGUGUUGUAUAUGCUCCAGUACUUGAAAUUGGUGCUGCUGGGCGCCUUGUUCGAGCUUGCAAGGUAAUAACUGACGCCUUCGUCAAGUCAGGCCUGGUUCUUGAAAGGGAUGCCAGACAAGAAUUGAGGUUGCAUGCAUCCAUAAUGAAUGUGCGCCACAGGAAGAGCAAGAAAUCGAACCGAAGAAACGAUUCGUUCGAUGCUCGGAAUAUAUUCAGACAAUAUGGGGAACAGGACUGGGGCGAGUACCCAGUACCUGCGGUGCACCUAUCUCAGAGGUUCAAGUUCGACGAGGAUGGAUACUACCAUUGCUGUUGCUCGAUCCCCUUGCCCGAGGUGGCUCAGACGGAGUGA